UGUGUGCCUGUGUGGGCAUUGGUGAGAAAUCAGCGCUGGAACAGAUGAGGGAAUGUCAAACUUGUUGCCCGUGCCCGCGGCUCGACACAUCCGAUUCAAGGAUAAAUGAGAAAACCCUCCUGGAGCCAGAAGCAUUUGAUGGAACAGCGCGUAUCUCAUGGACAGUAUUAAAGAAAAUAGCAUUAAAUUUUGCGUUGAAUACAUUUCAUACUGUGACAACAAAAGGGAUCCUGGGCUCUCCAGUUCCUAACAGCGCGCGCACCCACCGCGGCGCAUUGACUCUACUCACAGGACCGAACGCACGCGCGACGUUCUUCUCUGAGGACCGUCGAUUUAAUGCAUUUAUCUACUCUUUUUGAAUUCGUGUAAGUGUUUUUAAUAUAGAAUAAUUAUUAGUCGGGAUCGCGCGCAUUGCAUUGGAGAUGUGAACAUGGGACAUGUGCUCCGCGCGCUGGUUUGCACUCCUUUGGAUUUGUGUUGAAAGACUUGGGGACGUUACGCAUCGAAUAACGAUGUAAACGAGGAGUUUUUUUAAGAUGUGCAUUUUUCGGGGUCGUUGCUCUAAGGAUAUACAAAGAGGAGUUCGCGUUUUUACGCUUAUGCUGGAAUUGAGUGACAAACUAACAAAAGGAAUUUAAUCUCAGUGGACUGAAAAUGAACUCUAAUUAUAACAGUGCCGGAUUUCAUAUGAAAGGGCCGUCGGUAGCUGUGGAGCCGAUGAUGGGUCCACUAAAUGAAUCCCCCAUACAGGGACUCAACUUUGUCUCAAAUAGAGACCAGUAUGGAUUCCAGGCUCAUGGCCAUGGGGAUAUGCUCGCUAUGGGAGUUCAGCCACAACAUCAACUCCACAUGCAAGGACCGUUCAACCAUCAACCUCCUAACCACGAUCAGCAUUCACAUCUGUACCAGGACAGCGUCCCCUCUUGCUUGCACGGGGACAGACACAUGGGCUUCAAUAACAGCAACACAGGUCACCCGCAUAUGUUUGAAGGGGGAUUCGGUCAGCAGCUUGCAGAGGUGCAGUCACGAGAAUGCAUUUCACAGCAGCAGCAGCAACAGAGAAUGGCCACAAUGCCUGAGUUUCAACCGCACGGCCAUCCUAACGGUACCCACGCCGUUCCAGCACCAUGUCUUCCAUUAGACCAGUCACCAAACCGUGCCGCGUCGUUCCACGGCCUGCCGUCCUCGUCCCCUGAAACCCACAGACUUGAACAUUACAGGCUUUUCCCACAGGGCAGGAUGGGGGGAUCAGAGCACUGUUUUCCCUGUGAUCCUCUGACGGGAAAUUUUGAUAUGACAGGAUUCUCCACCGCGGACUCUUCAGAGCACAAACUGCCCUAUUGUGAAACGGGGAACCAAGUGGUCGGGGGUCAUUUUGCAACUUGUAAUCGAAGUGGUUCCCGAGGGCCCAUGAUGGGCGGCUCUAAAGUCGACCAGCAGCUACCUCAGCAAAAUGUGUUUUCGGACCGAUUCGGGAAUCGGGGGAAAAUGGAACCGGGGGUUAAUGCUAGACACCACCUCAUGCCGCAGCAAAGGCCGGGACCUGUUGCCAGGCAGAACCCCAGCUCCCCUGCCCUUCCACGGUUUUAUCACACUCCGGACUAUGUAGCGAACAAUACGGACGUUCAAGGUGGUGGUCCGAUGGUCCAUGUUCAACACAGCCACCUAGACCGGCCCAUACAUAGACUGAACAACCAUAACAUGCAUCCCUUCGGGGAACCGGUGUUUGAUGUCCCCCAGCUAGCCCCUCAGCCCCCACAUCACCCUCACCUCAGCUCACUGCCUUAUUUGAAUAUGGCAAAAAGGCCAAGGUUUGAUCUCCCAAACGGCUCUGCUGGAGAGAGCUGCAGCCCCCUAAGCAACAGCUUACAUAAUCGGCCCAAUCUUGAGAACCACCUCUCCCCCUCAGCUUUCCCCUCUCCUAUGGGGGACUUCACAUCUCAUGUGACGGAUGGGUUUCCAUCAGGCCCUCUACCCUUGAGCUCCGGUCCACAGCAACAACAACAGCAGCGGCAGCAGAACGCAGCGAUGAUGAUCAAACAAAUGGCAUCGAGGAGCCAGCAGCAGAGAAUGAGACAACCCGACCUGCAACAGUUAAGUCUCCACCGGGACGUCACAUCAAACGGCAUGGUCUGCCGAGGCCCUCUGGGUGGUGUGUCUCAGUCCAGUUUCGAGAAGAAGCAUAAUUUUCAUGGAAACUAUGACAGCUCCCACCUACCUCAAGAAAACUCAUGGUUUCCUGAGCCGCAGCAGCAGCAGCAUUGUAGAGAAACAAACACUCAUGCCUUGGAGCAGGCAGAGAAUGGACACAACAUUAUUUUUAGGCAAGGCGUCACAAGCAUGGACAUGCAGUCUUUGAAUUCUCCGGGAGCGCAUCAUCCAUUCGAAAAUAAUGUCACCAAUCCUCUGCAGAUGCAGUCUCCCGACGAGAACAACAUGCAGUCAGGCGCACCCACGGACAGGAGGCCGGCUGAAUUCGGAGGAAUGACGAUGAGGAGGCAGCACAGCUUCCCUCCUGGAGGGCCGAGUCAACAGGGAGCCCCCCAGAGCAAUCCUCCAGGAUUUAGCUCCUCUCCAGGGAACUAUCCCGCCCAUCCCGAGUACCUCUCCAGCCAGCACCUGUCAGUCAAUAAGCUUGGGGCCCUCUCUUUGGGGAAUUUGAACAAAGCCAGUACAAAAGACAGUGUGUUUGGCCAAAGCUGUCUGGCAGCUCUUUCCACGGCCUGCCAGAAUAUGAUCGCCAGCCUUGGGGCCCCGAACCUCAAUGUGACUUUUAAUAAGAAAAGUCAAAAUGAGGCCAAACGCAAAGCAGGUCAGGUUGAGCAGGACAUAAAUAGCAGUGGCAGUAGCGGCCCAGGGGCAGAGUAUUUCCAGGGCAAUGCUUCUCAGAAUAGUCAAACGCCUUGCUCGGGGAAUAACAACAAUACUAUGGCAGGUCAAAGUGGUACGUGCCAGAUGGCGAAAAGGGAAGCGAGCACCCUUUCCCCAAAUGACAACAUGGAGUCUGGAUGCGAGGGGAAAAUGGCAACAGGCAACGGCAAGGGGAGGGGGAAGAAGAGACGCGACAGCGGGCACAUCAGUCCCGGAAACUUCUCCCCUCCUUGUGGCGGUAACCCCGUCGUCAGUCCGAGUCAGCAGGGUUCUGCUUUGAACGUGGGCCUGGAGAGCCGUGGUAAGACCCCAGAGAGGUCCCUGGUCUCCCCUUCCUUUGGAAAACCUGACCUCACCACCUCGAUGGACAGCGGAAUUCAAAGCGUGGGCAAGUCUGAUGGCGUUUCGCCAUGCAUGGAUUAUUUAGACGAAGCCAGCCCCAACUACAGCACAGAGGACCAGAGGCCUUGCAGAGCUGGCAUGAAGUGUAAUUCUGAAAACAGGGCCGGCUACAAUGACAAUCCGUGCAUGGAACAGGUGCGGACACCACUGAGCAACACGGGCCAGGAUGAGGUUCAUCCUCUGGAGAUUUUGCAGGCCCAGAUCCAGCUGCAAAGACAGCAGUUCAGCAUCUCUGAGGACCAGCCGAUGGGAGGGAAAACGGGCAAAAAGGCUGACUGCCAGGCCGGUCUGAAUGGAGAGUGCGCCCUGGCCAGUUCUAGCCCGGUCACCGGCAAGGGAUCUGUGAAUACCAUUGACCUUGACUCUCUCAUGACAGAGCAGCAUGCCACCUGGUAUGUCCCUGGCAACAAGGCUCUGAUAGAGGACCCCAGUAAUGACAAGUGCCUGGGAUACUGGGAUCGAGCACGGGGCCAGAGUGACAACAAAGAAGGUAAACUUCAUUGACUUGCAGCGAGAGCAUGAUGAAUUGGUGUUUUUAUGGACUGUUGAGUUUACUUUGAUGGCUUAAUGGUUGAAUAAUGAACAACCCAAGGUAGCUUAACCUCAGGCACAGGGACCCAUUUACGACUAAUCUGUCACCCAGAAGUGAGCUUUAAUUAGCACACUUUAAAACACUCAGUCUUGAGCUGACAGAAAACAGGAUGCAAAAUAAUAAUUAACUCACUGACAGAAGAGAAUGUUUGUUUGGUUCUGCAGUUUGCAGUACAAUAAGUCACAAUUAAAUAUGAAUGUAAAUUAUUGUAUAGUAUUAAUUGGUUUAUACACACAUAUGUAAUAUGUGGGGAAAUUUAAAUAGAUUUUUUACAGUUUAUAUAUAUACAGUAUAUAUACACACACACUAGCAGGAAAAGCCACAGCUAUUAUUUUUUAUAUUAGUAGUUAUUAUUAGUAGCAUUAUAAUAGUUAUAAUAUUUCUGAUAUUAUUGAAUAUGCAAGUGUCUACAUUUUGGCUGUUUAACAUUAUGCAAACUGAAUGUUUUGAUUCCACCUUAUUUGUACUUACAUUUAAGUUUUAUCUAACUCUAACACAAAGAGGAUCCGUAGUUAAGAUUUUAAUGAGAUUUAAGUACAUUUAGAUCUUAACUACAGAUCCUCUUUGUGUUAAAUCUGAGCACAAAUAAACUGGAAUCAAAAGCUACAGUAAUUCUUGCGGUUUUCCUCUGAAAACAGUGCUGCGUUUAGAAAAUAUGUCUGCAGUGUUUUAUAUGCUCCUGGUAGUGUAAGUGUUUUUACCCCAGGCUUUCUUAUUAAAUUAUUUACUGGAAACUUUACAGGACUGUUCAGAUGUAUUGUCAGCGUUAUAAAAUAUCAGUCAAGAGCAUCGUAGGUCACAGAGCUCCUGUUCCUUUAAUUUCAUGUUGAAUGCCACAGCAAAUACAUGUGUGUUAUUGUGUAAACAAACGUUGUCUAAGGAGGUUAGAACAGCCAAGUUUGCGAUUAAUUUGACUGCAGGCACGUUAGAGCUCGCAGUGGCGUUAUUAACCCAUGAAGCCUGACAACAGGCGUUAGGCGCGUGGCCAAGAUUCAGUGUUGUUUUACCUCAGAAUUCUCUUUCCUGUCACUUCACGCUUCGUGAUUGGUCCCGUCGGUCCUGUAAUUGCGCGCCAUCAGAUAUGUCAUAAUCAGACGUGUGGCAUGGUAUUCAUGAGGGGAUGUGUUUGAUUUUCACUAUAGUCAAGAGGACGGUCAAAAUUAUUUUCUUAACAGGAAUAUCUCAAGGACUUGUAACUUAAAACAUCCAAAUGCUGUAACAUAGCCAGUUGCAUGGAAUUCCCUUCACAAAAACACACCAGAGACCAAAAAUCUGUUUUUGCAUUUAUCUCUAUUUCCAUCUUUUGCAGCGGGUAUUGAGUUCCUAACUUUUUUUUUUAUUGCAUUUUUCUGAAAUGCAGUAGCUUUCUCCCUGUGCACGUUGGACUUUAUGAAGUUUUGCAGCAGUUUUGAUCACAAUAAUGUGUUGAGCCAUUUUUUUUUAUCUGCUUUAUAUAUAUAUUAAAAAACUUUGGAGUAAUUUCAGGGAUAUGAUAUAAAUGCAUCUCAACCAAAUGUAGAACAGAUGCAAGCUGCAAAAAGCACGUUAUCAGAAUGCAGUCCGAUCAGAAAGCUUCAACUCUGAGUGUUUAUUCACUAUUUUGCCUAAUAAAUGGAGAAGGUUGUCAGAUGCAAUUUCUCAGACGGGGCUGUCGGAUAUUCUGACAGCUUUGUGGCUUUGAGAAUAAACACUAAAGGCCAGAACAGACAGAAAACAAAGGAGAAGAUGCAAUGGUCUCCUGGGAAAACGACUCAAAACAACACUCCACAAACAGGCUGAGAACACAGGUAUAGGGAUGCGUUUUGUGAGAAAGGGACGUCAGUGAUGUGAAGAGAAAAGAGGGCUUGAUAUCUAUGUGGAAAAUAUCAGCAAACAGUGUACACUCCAAACGCUGUGUAACUUGCAGAUCCUUUACAAAAAUGAGGUUCCGUGUCUUUGAACGUUUUCCCUGUUUGUCAGAAAAGUUAGAUAUCUUAGUGGCUCUGGAAAAACAAAUUUGUAAACAGUGUACACUUUGUGCAAGUUGCAUAUCCUAAAAUAACCAUCAAUGCCUUUGAACGUUUCCUCAUUUAUCAAAAGUACUCAUCUGUUGUAAUCGUGGCUGGCAUUUGCAUGCAAUAUAGGCUGUUUAUAACCAAUUGUAGUCAGUUUUAAAGCUAAUAUCUUGGUUUGCAUGAUGGAAAUCAAUUUGAACAUUGUAUGCACAUAUGCACACCUUUCUAUGAAAGUGUUUGUUUGAUGAAUGGAAUUAAUUAGCAUCGUCUUGUGUCCGUGUGAUACACUGCAUUUUUCCGUGAGGAAUGUCAGGGUGAAAACUAAAAAGGAAAAAAAAGAAGCAUGAUCUUGUCUUGGCAUGUACUGAAUUCCGCUUUUGCAUUUUGUUGAGGGACAGGCCUGUAUCGUCAGCGAUGCAUCGCUUGGAUUUGUGCAGCAUCUCUCGAUGCUAAACAUUAAGGAGCAAUUCUGUCAUUUUUUACUCACCAUUAUUUUUUCCUUUUUUCAACCAAUAAAACAUUUUGAGAUCUUC